AUACUUGUCUAUGGACACAGCACAGGAUAUUUGGGAGGCUGUGGCCACUACGUAUUCUCGCAAAGGUAAUUUCUCGCAGACUUUUGAGUUACGACACUCUAUUGACCAGUCUGUUCAGGGUGAGAUGACUAUUCUCCAGUAUUUUACUUUCCUUAGCAAUGGGUGGAAGCGACUUGAUCAUCUUCAAGACUACAAGCCUGUCUGCCCCACAGAUUCUGCUGGUUAUCGGAAAUUUGUUGAACAAGUGCGGGUCUUCAAGUUUUUGGAAGGUUUGAAUGUGGAGUUUGAUCCUGUUCGGAGUCGUGUGCUUGGUAUGGAUGCUCUUCCUUCUCUCCAAGAAGCGUUUGCUUAUGUGCAGAAUGAGGAGAGUCGUCGUUCUGCUAUGCUUCUGGCUGCCUCUUUUGAUCGAUCUGCCUUAGUUUCUGCCCCUUCUCGAGAUGGAGAUCGUGGUUCUCGCCCUCCUUCUGAGAAGGAUACACUCUUCUGUGAUUUUUGUCGUCGCCCUCGCCACACCCGUGAGACUUGUUGGAAGUUGCAUGGGCAACCAUCUGGCGGUCGUGGAGACCGUUCUAGUUCUCGAGGGGGUCGCUCCGGACAGUCUCGAGGCCGUGGGCCCAAUGCCCGAGCCCAUCAUUCUAAUACAGUUGAGCCACAGUCCACAGCUCCAGUUGAUUCAUCUGCUGAUAUCUCGGGGUUUUCUACUUCUGAGUUGGAGGUUGCUCUUCGCCACUUGCUAGACCGUCGGGCCUCUAGUUCAUCUUCAGGUAAUAUUGCCCAGUCAGGUAACUUAGCUUCUUCUACAAGUGCUUUUCUCUCUCAUCAAACAUUACCUUGGAUUAUCGAUUCUGGUGCUUCCGACCACAUGUCUGGUUCUUCUGAUUUGUUCUCUGCAUAUACCCCUUCUUCAGGGCAGGAUAAAGUUCGCAUUGCUGAUGGUACCAUUUCUUCUAUGUCUGGGAAAGGACCUUAUCACGAGGAAGAUGAUUGGCAGUGGUAGACACGAGAAUGGUCUCUAUAUCUUGGAUCAAGCAGACAAGCUGGCUCACUCAUCCAUUCAGUCUCCAUCUACCAAGGAAGACAUCUGGCUGUGGCAUCGCCGUCUUGGGCAUCCAUCUUUUUUGUUACUUAAGCAUCUUUUUCCCUCUGUUUUUUUGAAACAUAAUGUUUCUGAGUUUCAUUGUGAGUCGUGUCAACUUGGCAAACAACACAGAGCUUCUUUUGCUCCUUCUAUUAAUAAAAGUUUAGUUCCUUUUUCUUUGAUUCA